GUGCACAUUGCCAUCAUGGACCGCAGUGGCCAGCUAGAGGUGGAAGUGAUUGAGGCUCGGGGCCUGACCCCCAAACCAGGCUCCAAAUCCCUCCCAGCCACCUAUAUCAAGGUUUACCUGCUUGAGAACGGGGCCUGCUUGGCCAAAAAGAAGACAAAGGUGGCCAAGAAGACCUGUGACCCCCUGUACCAGCAGGCUCUGCUCUUCGACGAGGGGCCCCAGGGCAAGGUGCUGCAGGUGAUUGUCUGGGGAGACUACGGCCGCAUGGACCACAAAUGCUUCAUGGGCAUGGCCCAGAUCAUGCUGGACGAGCUGGACCUGAGUGCCGCGGUCACGGGCUGGUACAAACUCUUCCCCACGUCCUCAGUGGCAGACUCUACACUUGGAUCCCUCACCAGGCGCCUGUCCCAGUCCUCCCUGGAGAGUGCCACCAGCCCCUCGUGCUCCUAAGGACCUCAGAAGAGGCCGGGAGGCAGUGUGGGAAGGGGUGCCUGACGGCCCCUCCCCGCCCCCUGUACAUAGUCUUCGUGUCUCUCUGGACCCCUUGCCCUGCUGCAUGCCUGUCGGCUACUGGGCCCACCCCAACUGGCAGCGGAGACUAGUGUGUGCGUGCGUGUGUGUCUGUGUGUGUCUGUGACCAUGUUCUAUCCGUUCACGUGUCUGGGUAUAGCCAGUCUUGGUGACUACAUGAGCUAAAAUCCACAUCUCUCUGUGUCUCGUUGAAAAGAAACCCAAAGGAGUGUUGUGUGGGCGCGGAUCCCCGAGUGCAGGGGCGGAAGCGGGGGAUGUGGCCACCCAUCCACCCUGCCUGGUCUUGUGCCCGGGACGGAGCCCACGUGUCCCUGUCCGGGCCGCCUCUUGCUGGUCCCUGCUUUGUUUUCUGUCUCGUCCUUUGUCCCACCUGUGCUUCUCCCAGCACCGCUGCUCUAUUUUGAGGAAUGUAGUACCCACUGCAGCUGGCCACACUGAGGCCCCUCGGGGACCCAACACCCUCCUCCCCACCGAGUGCUCUGGCAGCUCUUCCUACCGAAUGCACCUGCAGCAUGUCGCAUGCUCAUCUAGUGCCCUGGCCGGGGGCCGGGGGAGCGGAACAUGCCUGGGAAGCUGAGGGCUUGGAGAUCGCCUUCUCCCUUCGGCAGGAGCCGCCUCCUUCCUGCAAGUGGAACACUAGGAAGACUUAGUUCCCAGGGUGGCUGGCCAGGCCCCUUGGAGGGAAGUGCGGGCACCUCCCUUAGCAUUGUUCUUCACCUCCUGUCCUGCUCCGAGCCUCCUCGCUUCCAACAUGCCAAAGGAGCUCUCCCAGUGGACCCCAGGAGGUGUGGACUUGGAGGGUCUUGACACCCCAGAGGCUGGCCUCAGGGGGGAUGUUCUCUGCCAAAGCAGAUGGUCCCUGAGGCGCCUGUGUGCUCUCCAGGCCCUGGGGGUGGCCCUGUCCCCCUCGGGGUGCAUCCCGGUGGGGCCUGGCUUGUGGAGGAAGCGCUGAGGGUGGGGCUGUUGCUGGGAUGAGGAGGGUUGGGGCUGACCUGCCCUGUGCCACUGUUGAGAAUCCUGUCUGACCUUUGGGGAUUAGCUGCGUGAGGUCGAUCAUUUGGGUCUCUCUUUGUUUGCUCAUUUCCAGACCAGGGUCCCUGUCUGGGAGCUCAGACUCACCUGGGCUCCAGCUUCCUGGCCUCACGGACAGCCUGGCUCUGGACUCAGCUAGACUGCCACAGUCACCAGCUCUGUACAAGCAAUACUUACCCCUCUCUGCCUCCCCGCCUCCCCGCACUCCGCAGCUGUCCUCCGGAGAGGGGCCUGGCCUGCUCUCGGCACCUCCCCUGCCUCUGCUUUCUUCCCACCCUUGUCUGGUUGGAGCUUCCCAAAGCCACUCAAACCCCGACUUCAUAUGACAGCUGGGCCCUGUGUGGGGGAGGGUACCAGGGCCUGGACCCGUGAGAUGUCUGCUAGGAAUGCCCAAAUCUGUCCUCUCCCUCUGCAGGUCUAGGGCAAAAGGCGAGAGGUUGCCCAAAGGGGUGGACACAGCAGCCCUUGGGUCCGUGUCUAGUGGGAAGAAAAGAGGUGGCAGGAGGGGUCAAGGUAUGGAGAAGACCGUCCCUCUGCCUCUUCCCCAGACGUCAGCCCCAAGUGCUGCAUGACUCUGACCCACAUGCUCAAGGUGGAGGGGAGCUACCCAGCUGAGCAGUGGAGCGGUCUCGGGGCCUGCGUGCUUGGACUCCGUUCAUAACCAAAGCCGGACAGAUGGGCAUAGAGGCGGAUUCUGAGGUCAGGUGGAGGAGGCGGCUGUCAGGAGAUAAAGGGCCUCCUUUCCUGGUAGGGACCCACACCAGGUUGAAGCCAGAGCCUGGUAACUUCCCUCCCAGGAAAACCCUACUGGUCCUGCCCACAGACGGAAAGUGGGUAAGGGCAGUAAGAAAUGAACCAAAUGGGCUCCUGGCUGCUGCCAAAGCCUCCAUUCUUGUCUUAUCACAGAUGAGGACGGUUGUGGGCGUAGGGAGAGGGAGGAGGCAGCUGGGUCGAGUUUUCUCUUUAGGCAGAAAUUCUCUCCCGUUGUUGGGAUUGGGUAAUGCGCACAUUUCUCAUGUUUCUAAAAAUAAGGCAAAGGGCUCUGUACUCUUUGACCCUAGGGUGGGGAGAGGGAAACUCGCUCACAAAAGGAUAUUUUAUGUCCUGUCUGUGAUGUAUUCACCUCUCCCAAACAGUCACCCUCAGGAUGGCGUGAACAGACUCUACACUUUUGGAACGGCGGGAUUAGUAAUGACUCCUAGGAUGGCGUAGACAUUUGCUGAUGUAGCCCCGAGUGGUGCUACCGAGACCCAGGGGAAUGGGGGAUAUUAGGGAGGGAUAUCACCCUCAUUCCUUGAGGGGCCUGGGAAGACAGGGAAGGUGGAGGGCUGCCAGCAGAGAGCCUGGCCCUGGGUGGCUAUAGGCCACGGUCCCCUUGCCUCUGGGGGCAGGUUAGUUAGCACAGCAGAAGGUCUAGCCCGAGCUGGGGCCUGACCUGCGGGUAACUGGCGCUGACCUGCCUCCAGGCCCUAGCCGCCCAAACUGCCCAGGAGCUGGGCCGCUCUUAUCCCACCUCUUUAAUGGGAAGUAAUUCUCCCCAGGUUGACCUUUGGGAAUUAUCCUCUUUAACCCUUUGUACCAAAUCAGUUACUAAUCCGCACCUGGAUUUCCCCCCAUGAUGGUGAGUUCACUUGAGGCUGACGCAUGUGUGAUGGUGAAUGGCUGGGUUUCAGGGUCUCUCAUCCUCCUCGAUACAGGGGCUUGUCUGAGAAGCCGUUUGGGAGCUAGCCUGUCCCAGGAGAGGAGGGGGCACAGUGUGCCGCCUGGCCUUCCCUGGGGUGGGGAGCAUCUUUGAAGAGGGGAUGGUGGGGGAAGGAGGCAACACGAUCUCCCCCAGAGUGCUCCCUAACCUGGGACCGACGCACUGCAGGGUACCACGCCCUGGCUGUGCAGGCCUGCUUCCCCCAGGUGAGACCCAGAGCUGAGGACAGGACGGGACGCUUUGUCAUCCCCCUUCCUCUGCUCUGGCAGGUUCGUGGAAGAUGCGGCAGAGAUGGGGGUGGCCCUGCAGCAAUGCUGGGCUGUGGGCAGGAACCGUGACGGAUGAUUCAGAGCAUCUGUCUUCACGUUUCUGCUCUGUUCAACGUGUCCCCCUUCCUUCAUAGACUCCAUCCCUACAGGGACGUCUGAGGGCCUUUGGUAUGAAUCACGCUCCAGUAAAUGGGGCCACGUCUAGGUUUGACAAGGGGGAUUUGAUCCUUCAGGGAAGAACCAGCUCCGAAACUCCUCCCCAUCCCAUCUCUUCCACCUCCCCGUUCUCCCAGGAAAGGAGCGGAGGGCUUAGGAGGCUCUCCCAGCAUGCCGGCAUCCCAGGGGCGGGGGUGAGGCAGAGCCCAGGGGCUCCAGAAAGAGGGCACCCGGGUAGCUCCUCGCUCAUGGGAUUGCCAGUUCUCCCAGGGGCGUGACCCCUACCAGGGCAAGCAUGCCCAAGCUCUUCUUUACUGCCAGCCUUGAGGAGAACAGCCCCCUCUCCCCCUCAGAGACAAUAGAGACCUCCAAGGGUACGUCUCUGGAAACGAAAUGUAGCACAAUCUUCGACCCCGUGACCAGGAACCCUGACAUGCAACCAGGGUUCUCGCUCCACACCCUGCUGCCCGGGGGGGGGCCGCUGAGCUCCUCCCCGCGGGGGCUCCGGGGCUCCCCGAUGCCUCCGAUUCCCUAUCCUCCUCGGCCCAGAAAGCAGCAGAGCUUCAGGAAGGCCGCUCUUCUGGGUCUCUGAUUGCUUCCUGCACUGUGCAAACUCUGUGCAAGAAACGGCUGCCUUUGCUUGAUGAUGGAGACGAGGCGCCCCGCUACCUGGCUGGAGGGAGAGGGCGCACCGCUCAGGCCCAGGUGGACCCUGCAGCAUUUCUGCGGGCAGGCAGGCGUCUGCAAGGAGAUGGAAAAGAAGAGGCCUGCUCCCUGCUGCCUCCUCCCUUUAUGCUCCUCUCCCCGGCGUCUUCUCCUCCCCGAUCCUGACACGGAAAGAGGCUCGUGAACAUGCUGCUUCCUGUACUGGAUUCUCUUUCUUCGAACGAAGAGGGAGGAGACGGGCGUGUAGAUUCUUCUCCUGUCUUCUUCCUCAAGUCUGCUUUUCACUCAGGUCAGAAGAGGAUGGGGCAAAACCAAACACUCAACGACUGAAGGCAGGGGAGCCCCGCCCAGUCAGGGGAGGCCUGGUGGCGGCUGGCGGGGCCUGGUCUGGCUGGGAAAGGCUGAUUUUGAGAGUGCCUGAGCAUCUCAGAGCAAUGUCGGUGAUGCCAAAGAGAGCAACUUGGUCUCCCUGGGCGCCAGCCCUGCCGGUGAGGCCCCACAAAGGCGGCUUCGGCUGUUGUCAUGCCUGAUGGGGGACCUUGUUCUCUGACAAAGGGCUUAAUCUUUCCAUGUAGCAAAGCAACUCCUUCUCCCCCCAAACCCUGAGCUCGGGCUUUUGUGGGCCCAGCCUGGCUGUGCCUGUGAGGAAAACCACACCAAUAAGAGAAACUGAAUUCUGUCAGGGGCCUAGACUGGCUUGGGUCAGUGCUUGUUGAGAAAAGUGCGUUACUGCUUUGGGGAAACCUUCCAGGGCUCUAGUUGGAAACUUAGUAAGGCCGGGGGCCUUGUGCCUCCCCGCCACCCCCCCCCCAGGGAGUUCACACCGAUGUCAGGAAGGGUCCCUGGGGACUGGGUUCCAGAGAGUUUGGCUAAAGAAAGGGGCCCUGGGAAUCCAGGGGCCGCAGAGCAUCCGCCCCCCAGCUCGAUGGCCUGGAUAGCUGGCUACAGAGAAUCAAAGGCUGUCCUAUACAGUUUUGUCCCAAACUGUGACUUUGUGCAAGACUCCUCACUUGUCUGGGCCUCAGCUUCCUCAUCUGCAAAAUCAGAGCAUUUGCUAGUUGCUCCAUGGUUCCCUCCAGGUUUUAAAAGUCUGAUCUGGAGCGAGGAGGGUUUCCAGCCUGGUGCGCCUGGGUCCACGGGCUGGUUUUGUCCAGCUCCUGGUACCCCGACUGGGUGCAGGUUCUCAUCCAUCCGCGCCCAGAUGUGCUGCUUCUGACAAGAACUCUGGGAAUCCUAACAGACUCUGCUUCCACCUCUUUGUGGUUUGUUCUCCCUCUUUUCUUCUUGUGUAAUGACCGGAAAUACUUAAGGGUUGUCUACAAUGGACAAUUUUCAAGGUGCUGAUGUGAUGGGACCCCCUCAGCCGCGUCCUGCAUAGCUCAGUACCCCCACUGGCAGAUGAGACUGGGUCAGUCCUCCUCUCUGCUUCUAGAAUGACAUCCGUGGGAGAGAGUAGAACACCUGAGAAUGUGAAAGGCAAUGCUCCUUGACGGGAAGAGAGGGGGCACUUACUCCCCAUCCAAGUAUUUUGCUUCUUGAAACCACCCCUCUCUCCAGAAUCUCUCAGCAGACCUCACCUCAGCAGGCAGAGUGAGCGGCUGCUUCCUUAGGGAAAGUUGGCCUGAUUAGUCUAUCCACUCCUUCAGAAUGUAAAUUCACAGGAGGCAGGAACCCCUUUUUUAGAAUUUCCAAAUGCAUCCUGCAAAGAAAGAGAUCGCUGAUAGGGACUGACAAGCACACUGUUUAGAUAAGAAGCAAUUAGCCUUUUAUAUCUGUGCUCUCUACAUUUUCUAUGUGCAGCAUCUUUCCAAACUUGCUGUGGCUCCUAGGUGGCAGGUGGACAGCUGGGGAGGACUUCCGGCUCUUUCCGACAACAUUCUUGCCAAUUCCCUCGAGGAGAAAAUUCUUCACAUGGCUUCUGCAUGUACGAUAUUUGGGCAGAAAAAAAAAAAAAGAUUAAAGUCAGUUUGAA